UCUCUCUUUACACGCAAUUUGACUGUAAACGCAGAGGCACAUUCAAAAGCUCAAGACUCUGAAACUCUAAAAAGGCCACCAAAAAAAUAAAAUAAAAUCAUCAAAAGGCUGAAAAUUUAAUUAGUCCUCCUCCUUUGACAGCCACUUAACGCUUUCCCUUUCGUUUCCCACUUUCUCUCUCGUGAAUAGGAAGGAAACAGAGCACCUUCUCAAGAAACCCAAACCAAACGCCAUUUGCCACCUUCAAUCAAAGAAUCAUAUUCAAAACCAACCCCAUAAAAACUCUCCCUCAUAUAUAUACCCACUUGUAUAUGUGCCUUCUCUAUCUGUAUCUCUCAGCUUUAUUCUUUAUAUCUUCUGGGGUUUUCUUUAAAAGCUGAGCAGACAAAGCAGGUUGCUUAGAUAUUUAAUAUAUAAAAAUUGAAGCUCUUUUUUGUUUUUUUAUUAUUAUUUUUUUUUUGUGCAUAAGAAAUGGUGCACUAUCAGAGAUAUCAGCUAUGGAAAAAAGGUGAACAUAUUGAAGACGAUGAAGAGUCUCAAACUCUUUUGAUGGAUUGUGCAAGUUCUGCUGGUUAUUACAAGAAAACGAAGCCCAAGCUUCUUUCUCUCCUCCUCCUUUCUCUUCUUUCUUGCUGCUUUAUAUUGGCUCCUCACAUCUUUGGCUGGUCCUCCACUUUCUCUCUCUUAUAUUCAUCUCAUGAAGAAGAUGAAGGACUUGUUGCUGAUACCCGUUUAAAUUCUCCUCUUUGUUUUCCAAACUCUAUUGAAAGUUUAUGUUGUGAUAGAAGCAGUAUUCGUUCGGAUGUUUGUAUUAUGAAAGGGGAUGUGAGAACGCACUCUGCCUCUUCUUCAGUUUUCCUAUACGACUCCAAAGACAAAAACAGUUUCACUAAUUUAGUCUCCACCAUUGUCGAGGAAGAGGAAGUAGAAAAAAGUAAGGAACUUCAACACGAAAAGAUCAAACCUUAUACCAGAAAAUGGGAAAAAUCUGUCAUGGAAACUGUUGAGGAAUUGGACCUUAUUGCAAUGAAAGACAACCCAGAAAAACACCAUCACUGUGAUGUCCAACAUGAUGUUCCGGCAGUGUUUUUCUCAACCGGUGGAUAUACAGGUAAUGUCUAUCACGAAUUCAAUGAUGGGCUUAUUCCAUUGUACAUUACUUCCCAGCAUUUUAACAAAAAGGUCAUCUUUGUCAUUCUCGAAUACCAUAAUUGGUGGGUCACCAAGUAUGGGGAUAUCCUUUCCCAUCUAUCUGAUUAUCCUCCUAUAGAUUUUACUGGAGAUUUGAAAACCCAUUGCUUCCCAGAAGCCAUUGUUGGUCUCAAAAUCCAUGACGAGCUCAGUAUUGAUUCUUCACUGGUGGUGGGAAAUAAGAGCAUUGUAGACUUCCGCAAUCUUCUUGACAAAGCUUAUUGGCCUAGGAUCGGAGGUCUAAUUCGCGAUGAGGAACGGGAAGCAGAGAAUAAACUAAGAGACAAUCUUAGUGUGUCUCCAUCAUCAUCUGAAGCCUUGUUAAAGAUAAACGAUAAAGUGCAGGAGGAUCAAAUGGAUAAACCCAAGCUGGUUAUUUUAUCCCGGAAUGGCUCGAGAUCAAUAACCAAUGAGAAAUUAAUGGUGAAAAUGGCAGAGGAAAUUGGUUUCCGAGUAGAAGUUUUGAGUCCUGACCGUAGAACAGAAUUGGCAAAGAUUUAUAGGUCUCUUAAUUCAAGUGAUGUUAUGGUUGGGGUUCAUGGAGCUGCAAUGACUCAUUUCCUGUUUAUGAAGCCUGGCUCUGUGUUUAUCCAAGUUAUUCCUCUUGGAACUGUGUGGGCAGCAGAGACAUAUUAUGGUGAGCCUGCAAGAAAGCUAGGGUUGAAGUAUAUUGGCUAUGAAAUUCUGGCUAGAGAGAGCUCUUUAUCUGAUAAAUAUGAUGAAAAUGAUCCUGUUCUUAGGGAUCCAAGAAGUCUCACCAAAAAGGGAUGGCAAUACACUAAGAGUAUAUAUCUUGAUGACCAAAAUGUGAGAUUAGACUUGGGAAGAUUCAGAAAGCAUUUAGAUUAUGCUUAUCGCAAUUCUGUCUCUAGAAUUAAGAGGCACUCUCACCUUCAAUCACAGUGAUAUCUGUAAUUUUCGUGGAGUUUGAACAUAUUUUUUUACCAUUUCUUUUAUCAUUUCGGGAGAUACAUGGAUUGGUGGGCACAAAAUUAAAACUAGGAUUGUUAGUCAGUAGUUUGUAGAAAUUUAUGUUUGCUGAUAUGCCUCUGUACAUUAAGCAUCUUGGAGAAUAAACUUGUUAUUGGUAUAUAAUAUUUUUAUUUUUUUUAAAGAAA